AUGGAUUCAUUAAUUCAUAUUUCAACAAUUAUAGAAACAUAUAAUAAUAUUUCUUAUGCUAUUUUUCGUAUUACACAAUCGUUAAGUGUCAUUUCUGUAGAAGCUGUUCUUUUCUAUCCAUUCGAAAUUUUACAAGUUGUCCAUGAUAAAACAUCUAAAAUUUAUUUAUUUCGUCCACCACGAGUUUGUAUUAUACCGCUCAAUAAUGAACUAAUUCGAUGUAUGACUGUUCUAAAAAGUGAAGAUCAAAUAUUAGCAUCUUCGGAUUUAAUUGAAUUUGAAUGGUAUAAAGAAACAAAAACUGAAGGAAUCAUAUCCAUAACUAUUCCAUUAACUCGAUAUUUUAAUUUAUUCAGUGAAACUAAUGAUGAUCUAGAAAAACGACGACGACAAGCACAACAAAAAAUUUUCGUACAACGUAAAAAAUUCGAACAAGAAAAAUAUGAUGAAGCUGGUGGUUCAUUAGCUACUAUUCCAACAUCAAGUAAUAGAUUAACAUCACCAACAGUUAUGUCUCAUUUACCAAGUAUAACAACUGUUAUUGAACAAUUUAAAACAGAUAAUCAAGAACAUUUUAUUAAAUCAAAAUUUAAUAUUAAUCAUGGAUUUCAAAAUGAAAAUGCUCCAAUUAUAUUACUGGGUUAUAAAAAUCGAAAAUGGAAAAAUUCUAAUAAUUUUACUACUAUUAUACGAAUAGCUGAUAAAGAUAUUUAUAUAAUUACUUUAUCAGAAUCGAAUAAUGAAGGAAAAAUUGAUAAAUUAGCUGAGAAUCUUUGGUCAUUAACAUCAGCUAAAUUAUUUUCUUGUGUUUUGGCACAAGAUCAUUCAUCUAUAAAUUCAUUUGGUCAUUAUGCUCUUUUGAUUGUACUAAUACAAACACAACGAUUAGCUGAAGAAAUUCUUCGCAAACGAAAUUAUACAGAAUAUAUUUUGACAAAGAACAAUUUAUCUCUGAUAGUAAUAGCAAAACACGAUUAUCAAAAAUAAAUCAAUAUCAAUCACAUCAUACAUUAUCAACUAGAUCAUCACUACCUAGUGUUACAAAAUAUGUUCAAUUUUGUCUAUCUGAAGGAACUUAUGUUAGAUAAAAGAUGUAGAAAUGCUAUUUGUUUGCAUGAAUAUUUAACAUUUUAGGUGAGAAUUAUAUCCAUGGGUAAUAUUGACGUACAUGAAAAAGAUAAAAGUUUUUGAUAAAGAAUCGAAUUGUUAAUAAUGAGUAGUGCCGAUCCAACGAAUCACAUAUAAUUUGUUUUUUCGAACAUUCAGAUACACUUUCAGAAAGUUAUUCGAUAGAGAAUUUUUUGUUCUACAGAAUUGCUGCAUUUUUUAUCAAAUAAGUUUUUUUUACGCUCACGAAUAUCUAGAGUAUGCUAAGUAUGUUAUGUAUGUGACAAAAAAAUGUGUUCGACUCGAGUAUAAUAUCUAUGAAAAUAAUCAUUCAGUAAUAACUGGAGAAUAGGAUUAUGUAGUUGCUCUUGUUUUUUUUUACUUUCAUGUAAUCUAAUCGUUUGUACUCUUCAACUUUGGAAAACAUGCGUUGUUCAAUACAGAGAUGCACGGUCCACGGGGUUCACCCCGCGGGCCCCGCGGGGCC